AUGACACAAUCACAAGUUCGUAUUGCAGAAGUGAUUUCUUCAUUAUAUGAUGAUUCUAAAUCUGUUGGUAGUGGUUCAAAUGUUGGUAAUUAUUAUUUACAAACUGUUCAAGAAUUUGAUAGUGAAACUGUUAAACAAUUAGAUGGUCCUUUUAGAGAAACUGUUCUAUCACCAAUAACUACAUUUGCAAAUUAUUUUAAUGAAAUUGAUGAUGCUAUUAAGAAACGUGCACAUAAAAAAGUUGAUUAUGAAGGUGCAAAGGCAAAAGUUCGUAGAUUAGUUGAUAAACCUGCAAAAGAUGCAUCAAAAUUACCAAGAGCUGAAAAAGAAUUACAAAUGGCUAAAGAAAUUUAUGAUCAAUUAAAUGUUCAAUUAAAAGAAGAAUUACCACAAUUGAUUUCCCUUAGAGUUCCAUAUUUUGAUCCAAGUUUUGAAAGUUUAGUUAAAAUUCAAUUAAGAUUUUGUACUGAAGGUUAUACAAGAUUAGCACAAAUACAAAAUUAUUUAAAUCAACAAGAUCGUGAUGAUUAUUCCCAAGGGAUUCUUGAUGAUAAGAUUAGUCAAUUAUUAGUUGAAAUGAGUCAAUUACAAAUUGCAUCUUUAGGAGUGAAAUAA